GUCACCUGUAGAUGUCGCCAAAAUAACUCAACCAACACAUGGAAGAGGACAGAACUUCGCUGCUGUCUUAGCAUUGCAAAUUCAAAUGCGACCUGUAAAGUUCCCGGGAAUAAGAGCAGAGGAAGACACGAUGGGAUGCACUUCUAGCACUCAGACCACAGCUCAAGACACAACACGACCCAACACCAAACGAGAUGGGAGCACAUCAGGAACAAAUAAUGAAAACGGUGGCCCUGCAGCAGACAGCGAGACAAUUCCAGACCAAACCCAGGCCGAGGAAUCUCCACAGACAUCCAGUGCAGCUCCUGUUGCCUCGGAGGAAAUACAGAGCUCUGUGGCUGCCGUAGCUCACAAUGAACCAGAAGCAGCUGCUGCUGAGGCCAUUACAUCUGACCAGCCUGCUGAACCCGAAUCAAACCCCUCCACAACAGCUGACAAUACCGAAGAACCAGCACCAAGUGAAAACACAACUGAGGACCAGGCUAAAUCUUCCCCACCAGAGGACGUGCCUGCCUCUGGUGAAGAUAGUUAAGUGCGCAUCAUUUGGCACAGUUACUACAGAAUCCGGAUUCAACCACCUAUUUUCAAUAAAAUAAAGAUUCACAUGAAUGGUUUCAAAAUACAGUGGAACAUUAGUUUAUUUAUUAUAUAGAUAUUGCUUGUUCGUUGCCAAGAUUUAGACCAACUGGUCUUCAGAGACUCUGUGCCUGUCUUUGUAUACACAGGAUACAAACAUCACACUAGUUAUAGUUUAGUGAAUUAUAAUUGCUGGCUUUAGCUAGAGAUUUCCUUCAUCGAUAUUUAAUAUUGGUGCCUAUUUUAGUGGCUUUACCCCUUUAUAAAAAAUGCAAAAAGCCAAAGAGAAUAUGAAAAUCGUGGAAUGCUAUUUAUAUAAUUAUGUAAUAUUUUAACCAACUGAAAUAAAAUGUUAUAUACAUUUAAAAUGACA